AUGGCGAGCUCAACAGAAAACACGGCUGGUCCUCGAAAGACACCAAUUGCCAGCCCAGGACCCAAUAGCAAACCUCUCCCAAGGCCGGAAUUGACAGAUGAGCAAAAGACAAAGUAUGAGGCUCUGCUAGAGCAAGUCAAGGGUAUCACCGAGAUCCAAUGCGAGAAGAAGGCCGAUGAGGAGGACAAAUCAGGCCCCAUCACUGAUCACGAGCGCUCAUGGCUCACCCGCGAGUGUCUACUCCGUUAUCUCCGCGCUACAAAGUGGUCAGUCGACGACUCUGCCAAGCGGCUCAAGGCAACUCUCGCAUGGCGUCGAGAGUACGGUCUUGAGGGUUUCACGCCUGAGUACAUUUCACCCGAGCAGGAGACUGGAAAGCAAAUGAUCAUUGGGUAUGAUCGUCAGGGUCGGCCCUGUCAGUAUCUUAACCCGGCGAGACAAAACACGGAUACCAGUCCCCGACAGCUGCAUCACUUGUUCUACAUGGUCGAGCGGGUGACGGAUCUUAUGCCGCCUGGAGUGGAGAUGCUGAGCCUCAUGAUCAAUUUCAAGCCCAGCAAGGAGCGCAAGAACACGAGUGUGCCUGUAUCUGUUGCGCGAGAGGUGUUGCAUAUUCUGCAGAACCACUAUCCUGAGAGACUAGGCAAGGCUCUUAUCAUCAACGUACCGUGGAUCGUAUGGGGCUUCUUCAAAAUCAUCACCCCCUUCAUCGACCCCGUGACGCGCGAGAAGCUCAAGUUCAAUGAAGACAUGAAGCAGUACGUUCCUCCUGAGCAGCUGUGGAGCCUCGACUGGGGCGGUGAUAUGGACUUUGAGUAUGACCACGAGACAUACUGGCCAGCGCUGAACGAGCUGUGCCGCCAGAAGCGUGACGAAAAGUACCGACGGUGGGAGGCAGCUGGCAAGGAGAUUGGCGAGAGCGAGGAUUACCUCGCGGGUGGAACGGAUGUCAGUGUCAAGGGAUUCAAGUUUGGUGAAGAUGCUGGUGUUAAGGAUGUGCAGGAAAAGCUGGCGGAGACUAAGCUGGAGGAGCAGCCUGUUGCAGCUUAG